AUGAAAAAGGUUCAUCGUUCUCUUCCGGUAGCGCAUCAGUCAAAUGCAACCAACCUACCUAGCAACCCUUCCCCAACAAUGAAAUCAUCCUUCAUGUACAUGGUGACAGAGAUCCAAGAGCCAGAAGCUCUCACGACCGUAAUAAACCCGGUUAGAUUGUGGACCGGCAAAUCGAAAGAUCCGUACAGUACAAUAAGUUCGAAGGUACUGAAUAGCAGUAACGUCAAAGGUAAAACUGACCCGAAAAUCGACUCAGGUUUCGUUGAUGUCGAGCUUCACACCUCGAUAUCUUCUUACAAUAACAAUGCAAUCGUGACGGAUGACAAAGAUGUUAGAACCCGACGCACGGAUAGAAGUUUAACAAGGGUGCGUUCGUCAGUUGAAUUGGUGACACCUGUCAGGAAGAUUCGUAAAAAUGACAGUAAGGUCAUGAUGGUGAAAAAAUUUCCAAGUCGUCAAUCGACACCUAGCAGUUUACACAGAAUGAUCGGUUUCUCAAGUGAUGAGAUCUUGGCGAGUAUAGUUCCUUUGAAGAAGGCCGAUUCGAAAUAUGACGAUAGAAAACAAUUAGGCAAAUUAAAUGAACAACGCGAGUUAACAGGGAAGAAACCAUUGCCAACACCGCGGUUAAAACAGCCAUCGUCACAGCUUCAAGCUCCAAAUUUGAAAUUUUCUAAACAACAGCAACAACCGUCUUUUCAAAUUCAACAGCCCCAACAACAACAACCAUAUUUGCAACAAAAAGUUAAUAACGAACAACAACAGCCGUCUAUUCAAAAUUUUUUACAACUACAGCAACCACAACUACAACAACCACAACUACAACAACCACAACUACAACAACCACAAUUACAGCAGCUACAAUUGCAGCAACCACAACUUCAACAACCACAAUUACAAAAACCUCAACUAACAACGAUGCCAAACAACAUUUUACCACAGGCAGCUCCUCAACAGCUGACGUAUCAACUAGUGCCACAGCCAGAGACUACCCCGGCGACACAGCAGUACGUUUCACAGCCACAACACUUAAAAUUAGUACAACAACCCUUGCAAUUAUCGCAAACACAAAAUCCUAUCAGCACACAACAGCAACAAACGCCAAAUGAACAACGGUCCACUUCUCCAGCCAAUCGGUGGCAUAAAAAAUAUUUAGGUGAGUUUAAACCAAAAAGAGGUAAAAAAAUAAAAAAAAUAAGAGAACGAAUUAGGACGAAAACAUUUUCAAAGAGAAAAAAUCAUCAUCAAAAAAAUCAAACCAAAGAAAAAUCCACGUCGUCGUCGUCGUCGACCGGAUCAGAUAAAGUACAAAUAAAAACAGGAUCAAAACUAAGCCAAAAUCCAAAAAUGAGUAUAAUAAUCCAAAAAACAAAAAAUCCAGAUGUUGAUAUUAAAUUUAAAAAAUUUUCCAACAAACACAAACCUGACUUCAAAUCACCCUUCCUCAACCAGGCAACAACCCACAUUAAAAGCAGCCUCAACGAAAGGGAGUCCACAGAUUUUAAAAAUCAAAUGAUCAAAAAGUUGAAGAUGAAAGAUGCCCUUGAUAGGAAGAAACUGAAACGCAUCAUCAAGAGUUUGGAGACGAUCGCCACUGGAGGGGGAAUGGAGAAUGCGUCAUCCGAAAGAAUUUUAUUCAACGACGUUUUUGAAAAAAAGUCGCCGCCGAAAAAGAAAAAAUCAGACCCCAAAAUAAGAGAAAAGAUUGUAUUUCUAGAGAUCAAAGAAAGCAAUCCGAAGCCAAAAAGCAAAGAAGUGAAACCAAUAAAGAAAGGAAGGCAGUUAUCUGAAAUUGAAACGACAGAAUCGAUUAAGAAACUCGUUGAUGAGUUGAGGGAGAAACAAAAUGCGAAAGCUAAAAAAGCUGCACAAAAAGUAAAAACUAAAAAAAAAACUCCCAAACCAGUAAAAACUGUAAAAAGUCCUCCCAAACCAGUAAAAAUAAAAAGCACAAAAUUGAAACUUGAUUCAGCAGAUGAGAAAAAACUAAAAAGCAGUUUCUCCUCUAUGACCACAUUGAAAACGAUUUAUAAAUUAGCUAAAAAGAAAAAAACAGAGUGGGAUAAGAAAAGGCAACAGAUAAAAUCUCAACCAAAACCGAAACCGAAAACCAAAUCAAAACCGAAAAAAAAGCCUAAAAAACCAACACUAUCAAAGCCAAAAAAUAAACCAGUAAAACAGAAAAGCAUCUUAAAAAACAAAACCAGUCAUAACAGUCGAAGCACAAGAACGAGCAACUGGAACAACUCGAGUAAUUUCACAUCAAUGGAGUCAGCACCUCCAACAGAAGAACAAGAACUGAAUGAAAAUGAAUCAACAGGAAGAAGAUUAAGUCCAGGCAUGUUUCGGAUGGAUCCAUUAGAAGAUAAAAACAUCAGUUUGAUGGAAAGUAUCGCCAAAUAUGCUGGAAAAUACGAGCGGUUAAAGAGCAAUAGUCACGCUCAGCUCGAGUUAGCCGACAAAGAAAAUAGAGAAAGAAUGAUUGGAAUGUUACUGGAGAGCUACGAAAGAGGCAUAAGUAGAAAGGAAGGCAGCGGGGCCUAUGAAUAUUAUCAUCAGAGAAACAAGGCUAAACCAAAAGAAAGGCUUAUAGUAUCGCAUAUUCCAAGAGAAAGUCCUUUGAAGCAUUUUUACUGA